AUGGCUGCCUCGAGGCCCGCACGGCCAAAGCCUCUGGAGUGGUCGGGCCCAUCCCAUAUUACGGUCUUUAUCCGCAACUUGAAGCUGUUGCACCUCGACCAGCGCGAGGACUGGCCCGAUAUCACCACUCGCGCCUUGUCGUCGUCAUCGCAGAACCAGCGCCAGCGGAUUCGCCUGAUAGAAUGGUCUCUCUACUAUCUUUUUAUGAUUUGGGACCCCGAGGGUGCUCAUAAUGUUCGAACCCAUAAUUGGUCAGGGAAAUUGUGUAAUAAAAUGCUGAUGUCAACACAGAAACUCCGCCCUUUUUUCCCACCGCUUGAACCCCUGCAAUCCGUCAACCUCCGCGCAGCCCUAUUCCGAGCCCUGACCGAGUUGAAGAAAAAUGGUGACCUCGGGCGAGAAACGAUUCUCCGCAAGUCUAUGCUGGACGACUGCAAGGGUGAGAAAUUCGACGAGUUGCUGGCAGUCUUCUCCACGGCUGUCCUGCGGAAGCUUGUAGCGGUAUCAGCUUCUGAGAUGCUCUGGAACCCUGCCAUGACUCUAUCUACUGCAUCCUCAGUUUCUGCAACGGACUAUCAGAACCUUCUGCCUCUGAUACUCGCCCACCAAAUAUCCCUUGAUGCGACAGGGGCUCACCGCACCCGGGUGCAGGAGACCUAUGAGCAGUUCUCGCGACUUCUUGACGACAAGAAAGCUGAGCUCGCAGAUCGCGCUAAUAAACUGUCCGCACAGAAUCAAGACCCGGUGCAGACUGAUUCAGAUAGACUGGUGCGUGAGGUACAAACAAACUGGUUGGGCAGCGAGGAGUGGGCUACGGCUGUUUUAUAUGGUGGAUCCCGAAGCAGCACCGACGCCUUCCUGGAGCUUCCCUUCUCCAGAGCAUGGAAGCAGGCUACUCAGUCAACUGUGGGUGCUCUUAGCAGUGGUGUGAAGUCGGACCUUGUGGUUGAUCUGGAGGCCCAAGUUCUGCGAUUACGCAGUCGGCUGCGUAGAUGGCAUGAAUUCAAAGACGACCUCCGCAAGGAGCGCGAUAGAAAUGGCGAUGCAGCGGGCGCCGAGUUCCAGGCGCACCAUUUAUCGUUCCGAGAUCACCAGUCCCUAACAGUGGCGAGUAUAUCCAAGGCUGUCCGAGAAUCAGCAGACUGCGGGAGGGCGCUGAAAAGGGCCGAUCGGUCCUUCAUGUCGAGCGUGAACGAAGCUCUAACACGCAUCAAUGGCAAGCCUCAUGUUGAUAAGCCGCAGCCGCCGUCAUUGGAAUUUACGAAGAUAGAGUCACCACCAGUCUCGGCGGAAAUCAGCGACCCUCAACCAACAAAGCUGUUGAUGUCAGAGGAUGCGCAGGCUUCCGUAUUUUCAACGUACGAUUCUCCAGAUAAACCCCCUGAGCCACAAGCAGAGCCACUCCAUUCCUCUCCUCCAAUUGUCCGCCUCUCCCCCGAUCAACACUCGGAGCCCGAGGACCAUGCGGAUCCAGAACCCCUCAAGCCCCCGACCUCAAACUAUACCCUGGUCGAGCGCACCCGCAAGUCAAUGUCUCUCAUUCCACCCCCCACUCACGAACCGCAAUCCCGGCCCAGGCGUCGUGGCGCGCGCCCAUCUUUCCCGGUGAGCCAAUUCGAGACCCCACGCAAGGCCUCGCGUCCAGGAAUCACCCGGUCUUCUACGCCACAGGACAAGCUCUUUGAAGAGGAUGCCGACUACGCCAGUGUCUUCAAGUCCCGGCCUCGUGUUGCACAUAGCCCCAUCUCAUCACCAGCUGUACAUAUUAGUCCCUCUAUGGAUGAGGAUGAAGAGUUUGAUUUGGAAUAUGAUGAGGCGGACUUGAGAGAUAUGGAUUCGCCCCUGUUGAGCACACGGUUUCGGGGUUGA